AUGUCCCACGCAGUCCAGGACCUCGCCGCACUCCCCAAUGUCGAGCUCUUCAUUUUCCGAUCCAUAUCAGCCUUCUCCGUCGCCUCGUGGGAGCCCGACAUCUUACCACAGCUCCCCCUCCGCCGCCAUGUCAUCGACGGCGUCCCCUCCCUCGACGGCUACUACCCGCCCUCCUUCGCNCAGUUCCUCGCCCUGCAGACCGCGGCCCGAACAGCGUUCUCCGGAGAGAUAUACAACUCGUGCCGGGAGAUUGAGGGGUUCGCACUCGACCCGCUCGAGGGGCGGAUGAGGAGGGAGGGGAAACGAUUUUUCGCGGCGGGCCCGUUCAACCCGGUGGGUGGGGAAUUCGGGUCGGGCCCACGGCACCGGUGCUUAGAUUGGCUCGACCGGCAGGCGGCGGGGACGGUGGUGUUGGUGUCGUUCGGGACGACGUGCUCGUUCACGGAGGAGCAGGUGGGGGAGGUGGCGAAGGGGCUCGAGAGGAGCGGGCAGAGUUUUGUGUGGGUGGUUAGGGAAGCCGACAGGGCCGACAUUUUUGCCGCCCCGGCGGCGGAGGGUGGCAGCUUUGGGAGGAGGAAGAAUGGGUGGGAGGAGGGGUUUGAGGAGAGGGUGAGGGAUAGGGGGAUUUUGGUAAGGGAUUGGGCGCCUCAGCUCCAGAUUCUUGCACAUCCGUCUACAGGAGGGUUCGUGAGCCACUGCGGAUGGAACUCUUGCCUCGAGAGCAUCUCGAUGGGAGUGCCGAUGGCGACGUGGGCCCAACACUCGGACCAGCCGGCUAAUGCUGCCUUGAUCACUAAAGUUUUGAACGUUGGAAUCGAGAUAAAAAAGUGGACUCGAGAAGACGAGCUGGUCUCCUCGAGAACGAUAGAAAUGGCCGUUAGGGAACUGAUGAGUUCGUCCGAUAUAAGGAAAAAUGCGGCCGAAUUAGGUAAGAUUGUGAGAAGAUCGGUCAUGGAAGGUGGCACCAGUCGUAAGGAAAUGGACGCCUGCCGCAUCGCCGCCGUCCACAACCGCCAGGCCCUGGCCCGGGACCACGGCUUUGACCCGACCUCCGCUCCGAACAUCCAUUUCCACAAUUUCCCCAUUCCACCAGAUCUCGAAAUCCCCGAUCCCGACCUCGACGGCUCCGGCGGCCGGAAAAGGCCUGAAAAUUCAAUUCAACUCGGGCGAGAUUUUCAUCACGUGUCGGGCGGCGGAGGGCUUCUACGCAGAUUUAUGGGCCAGGUCGAGAAUUUGGGUUGGGCUUUGAGCCCAUUUAAGCUGGAAACGGUUAGACUUAAAUUUAUAGUCCAGCCUGAACAAAUGAAAGCAGCCUUUGUAGAUUGGAAACAGGUUAAGUAUUGGGCCCCGUGGUCGAAACAGCACAGUCAAUUAACUGGGCCAUGA